AUGGCAUCUAUAUCCUCGUCUUUUAUUUUAUUUGCCUCUUCAUCGUCAUUUACUUCUUAUCUUAUUAAUAUUAGUAUGACAUUAUCAUCUAAAUUACAGCUUAUUUGUUUAUUGCCGUUGCCUUUACUGGUGUUAUUGGUAAUACCACAACAAUUAUUGUUUUUACCCAACGCCGUUUACAUUCUUUACGUUCAUCAUUUUUUUAUUACUUGUCUAGCUGCUACCGAUCUUGUCUUCAUAUUUAUACUUGUAAUUGCAUUACUUGAGGAAUUACACGCAUCUGUUAUGACUAUACCUGUUUGUAUAUUAGCAAUUUACUUAAGUCAUAUAGCAUCAUUUUUAUCAUCAAAUUUUACAUUGGCAUAUACAACUCAUCGUCUUAUAGCCGUAUUUUUUCCAAUCAAAGCAACAACAGUUUUGAAACAACGUACAAAUCGUAUAUUAGCAUUAAUAUUAUUAACAUUUGUGUGUUUAUUUUAUUCAUUAGCAUUUUCUGUGACAACAACAACAACAUUUCGUGCGAAUACAGCAAAUAUUGUCAAUUGUGAAGAAGAUCGAGUCAAACCAUUAAUAUUUCCAUUUCUUGUACUCGAUACAUUAUUUACAUUUAUUAUACCAUUUUCAUCUGUAUCAUUCAUGAAUUCAGCAAUUGUUUGUAAACUUCAAACAAAAUUAACAUUCAACAAUAAACUCUCGACAUCAAGUUCAGCAAUACUAAUUACUACACCAUCAAUAAAAUUGCCGGGCCCAUCAAGUACUGAAACAACCCAAGCAGCUCAAUUAAAUAAUGGUUAUGCAAUGGUUAAUAACAAUAAUAAUAUUACUAGUAGCGAAUCUCAUCGUCUUUUACAUAAUCAAAAUCGAAUCCUUUUAUGUGUACGACCGAUGCAAAGAUAUAAACGAACAACUAGUCGCUCGGUACCUUGUCUAUCAACACAGCGGCAAACAUCAAUGUAUCCUAAAAGUGCGUCAUUUCAUAUCCGUUCUGCUCAAUGUCGAGCAACAGCAUCAGCCAAAACGACGAAAAUGCUUUUAGCUGCUUCAACAGUAUUUCUUGUAUUUUAUUUUCCUUGUCAUUUUUUAUUAUUCUGUUUCUUAUUUUCUAAACGACAACCAUCAUGGAUGCUUGAUGUAUUGAAUAUAGCUCGUCUUUGGUUUUUUGCAUUGUUUUGUGCCAAUUUUUUGUUUAUGCUAUAUGUGGUCAACGAUUUCGUAAUGAAGUUGUUCGUCUGUUUAGCUGUUCAUUCGUUUGACGUUACAUUGAAGCACAGGAACAAAAAGAAUUACACAAACGUCAAAAUAGCAUUUAUUUGA